GACAGGAUCCAGGCUGUAUCUACGGAGAGACACAGAAGGGAGAUGCUGUUGCUGCUGCUGCUGCCACCACUAGUCCUCAGGGUUGCUGCAAGCCGAUGUCUACAUGAUGAGACACAGAAGUCUGUGAGCCUUCUCAGGCCCCCUUUCUCCCAACUCCCCCCAAAAUCUCGCUCUUCCUCCCUCACCCUCCCUAGCUCCGGUGAUCCUCAACCCCUACGAAUCCAAACCUGCUAUCUAGGAGAUCAUAUAUCAGAUGGAGCUUGGGAUCCUGAGGGGGAAGGGACGAGAGGGGUAUCCCGAGCCCUGGCCGCAGUGAGAGAGGCCACUCAGCGAAUCCAGGCUGUUCUAGCCGUCCCUCCAGUGCAAGGACCCCUACUUCUGAGUCGAGACCCUGCACGGUAUUGCCAUGCUGUCUGGGGAGACCCAGAUACCCCAAACUACCACAGGUGCAGCCUUUUGAACCCAGGGUACAAAGGAGAGAGUUGCCUGGGGGCAAAGAUUCCUGACGCCCAUCUUCGUGGUUACACCUUGUGGCCAGAGCAGGGUCCCCCACAACUGGUCCAGCCAGAUGGGCCUGGGGUCCAAAACACUGAUUUUCUUCUGUAUGUGCGGGUUGCUCACACUUCCAAGUGCCACCAAGAGGCCACACUACAUGAAUUGCUACAUGCCUUAGGUUUCUCUGAACAGCUCUUCAAGAAAUGGCAAGACUGCCCCUCAGGAUUCAGCGUUAGAGAGAACUGUUCUACAAGGCAACAAGUGACAAGGCAAGAUGAGUGGGGACAACUGCUUCUCACCACCCCAGCUGUUAGCUUCAGCCUGGCCAAACACUUGGGAGUGCCGGGGGCUUCACUGGGUGUUCCCUUGGAAGAAGAGGAGGGCCUUUUGUCCUCACACUGGGAGGCCAGACUACUCCAGGGUUCUUUAAUGACUGCUACCUUUGAUGGAGCCCAGCGCACUCGACUCGACCCAAUCACCCUCGCUGCCUUCGAAGACUCAGGCUGGUACCAGGUCAACCACAGCGCUGCAGAGGAGCUGUUGUGGGGCCAGGGAUCUGGCCCGGAAUUUGGCUUGGUGACCACAUGUGGGACUGGCUCCUCAGACUUCUUCUGUACUGGCAGUGGGCUGGGCUGCCACUACCUGCAUCUGGACAAAGGAAGCUGCUCCUCAGACCCCAUGCUGGAAGGCUGCCGCAUGUACAAGCCCUUAGCCAAUGGGGUGAGUAGACAAGAGAGCAGACAAUGAAACUGAGUGGUUCCGGAAGGGAGUCAACUUCAAAGGCAUCAGAACAAACACUAUUCUACCUUCUGACCUGCCCCUCAGAGUGAAUGCUGGAAGAAGGAAAAUGGAUUCCCUGCUGGGGUGGAGAAUCCCCAUGGGGAAAUCUACCAUUCCCAGAGCCGUUGCUUCUUUGCCAACCUCACUUCACAGCUGCUCCCUGGGGAUAAGACCAGGCAUCCUUCUCUUACCCCACACCUCAAGGAAGCAGAGCUCGUGGGCCGCUGCUACUUACAUCAAUGCACAGGGAGGGGAGCUUAUAAGGUGCAGGUGGAGGGCUCACCUUGGGUCCCAUGCCUUCCAGGAAAAGUUAUACAGGUGGGUACCAUAAGAGGAAUAGUUGCGGCAUACUGGCAAAAAGAAGUUGGGAAAUACUUGUAUGGUGGUACUGUCCAACCUGUUUUGCUGUACAUACAGUUUUCCUAAGUACCCACUGAGUCCAGACUCUGACCUAGAAUACAUUUUCCUUAGAAGACUUGAACAGAUAAUCAAAGCAAAACCAUAUCCUGCUACAUAUUUCCUUGCAGAUACCUGGGUACUAUGGUCUUCUCUUCUGUCCCCGGGGUCGGCUGUGUCAGACUAAUGAAGGUAUCAAUGCUGUUACUUCCCCACCUGUGAGUCUUUCAACCCCAGAUCCACUAUUCCAGCUCUCUUUAGGAUUAGCUGGGCCUCCAGGCCACUGUCUGGGGAAAGAACAGCAAGAAGGGCUGGCUGAAGCAGUACUGCAGGCUUUGGUGAGCAGAGGUGGCACUGGCAGGUAAAAGCUUGAGUAUUUAUACAAUGGGUCAAGGAGAAUCCCUAAGUCCUUUACUUGAUGACUCUCCUCUGAAGACCUUUUGUUCAUCCCACUCUUAAGCCUGCACCUGUUUCAUGACAUAUACUCUGCCAGGAACUAUACCUCUAUUAAAAUUUUCAAAUGUCCAUUUAGGUGCUAUUUCCACAGCCCAUCAAUUACCACUAGCUUGGUGUUUACUGUGCAUAUGUGGAAGUCUCCUGGCUGCCAAGGGCCUUCAGUGGCUAUGCUGCACAGGGCCCUGACUCUGACUCUCCAGAAAAAACCCCUAGAAGUGUAUCAUGGAGGAGCCAACUUUACCACACAACCCAGCAAGUAAGAUAAUAUUCCAAGUACUUUUCUUUCAAAUCCAUGGAGUCCAGAUAUAGAAAUUAAAUUUAUUAAGCACUCACUCA